AUGGCUAUUCAAAAAAUUGGUAACAAGGAUUUGUCCCGCAAGGACAAAAGAAGAUUCAAUAUCGAAUCGAAAGUGAGCAAGAUUUAUCAAAAUUUCUAUUUUGAGAGGGAUAGCCAAUAUAAAGAUAGGCUGACAGCGUUGCAGACAGAUUUAACUUCCUUGCAUCAAGGUGAUAACGGUCAAUAUGCUCGUCAAGUACGAGACUUGGAGGAAGGGCGAGAUCUAGAGUUGGUCAGAUUGCGCCUUUUCGAAGAGUACCGUGUCUCUCGUUCUGGUAUCGAAUUUCAAGAAGAUAUCGAAAAAGCCAAGGCAGAACAUGAAAAGCUCAUCAAAUUGUGCAAGGAAAGACUUUAUUCGUCUAUAGAACAAAAAAUAAAGAAACUACAGGAAGAAAGAUUACUGAUGGAUGUGGCCAAUAUACACUCCUACGCCAUGAAUUAUAGCAGGCCGCAAUACCAGAAAAACACCAGGAGUCACACUGUAAGUGGUUGGGACUCCUCAUCUAAUGAGUACGGAAGAGAUACAGCUAACGAAAGCGCUACUGACGCAGGUGCUGGGAAUGAUCGAAGAACAUUAAGAAAAAGAAACGCUUCUAAGGAAGUAAGAGGUACCAUCAAUAAUCAAGAAGAAUCUGAUUUCCAGACUGGUAAUGGUUCUGGAAGCAAUGGCCAGGAUUCUAAACAGGGGUCCCAAUUCCCCCAUUUUAACAACUUAGGCUACAAGUCAGGCGUGGCCUCUGACUCGGACUUCCUACAAGGUAUAAACGAAGGCACUGACCUGUAUGCAUUUCUAUUCGGCGAGAAGAAUGCCAAAGACAACACCAAUGGCAAUGAAAAGAAAAAAAACCGUGGGGCCCAACGAUACUCCACUAAAACUGCGCCGCCUUUGCAAUCUCUGAAUCCAGACGAGGUCACUGAGGACAUUUCCUUGAUUAGGGAACUAACAGGCCAGCCUCCAGCACCUUUCAAACUAAGAUCCGACUAA